CCCGUGGAAGCCUUUCAGUUGUCACACGGACACGGUCGAUCAAUUUUUUUCCUGCGAACCGUCUUCUUUUCGGUGGACCCCGAAAAAACUGUUGACAGUCAACAGACUUUUGCUGAAACGGAAGGAACCGUUGGUGAAACGUGAAACGGUGCCGUUUCCUAAUCGAACUGCGCGUUGAAAUUCGCGGAUUGACCUUGAGGAGUGUUGUGUUGUGUGCAGAUCAGUGACAUUCAGGUGGACGUUUGGACGGUUACAAUUUGGCAAAUGGACUGUGAAAAUUAAUGGUGAAAAGUGGAAAAUCAACCGGGUGCGUUUGAACAAAGAUCGAGCGAUUUUUGCGGCUGAGGAUUGAAGCGUGAAUUAACGCCGUUCCUGCGUGGCCCCGAUCCACCCCCUUGCUGGUGCUGGUGGUUCCCCCGAAGGGACCAAACACCACCACGCGAGAAUGAGGCGGAGGAUACUCAGCCUAAACUCGUUAGGCUUAAUUUUGCUCGUUCAGUCCACUGCGGUGCUGUCACAGCUGUUUCCGCUAGAGGAAAGUGAGUACACAAAUGCACUAGCACCGAGAAAGUACCCGCGGCAGGCCAAUUCGGUCGCGCCUCGUUACGAUCAUACCCACAUUGAGACGAUUGAUGUCACUUGUGACCAGAAGAAUGGCAUGUUCGUCACCAUCGAGUUCGAGUCGGACUUCCAGGGUAUCAUCUACAGUCAGGGUUACUUUAACGAUCCAAAGUGUCGUUACGUGACUCCGGGUCGGGGUGGGCGACAGUUCUCGUUCACUGUGCCGUUCAAUGGCUGUGGAAGCAAGCCAUCUUGCUCGGUGUGUUCGUCCGUGGACAACGUGCUGGUCAUCCAGAGCGAUGAAGAUGUUCAGGAAGCUUGGGAUACUGCCCGGCGAAUUUCCUGCAGCCAGGUCGAGCAGCAACAGAACACCAUCUUCUUCAAGCCUUUCGUUGUGGACAUGCUGGAAGUGGUCAAUGUCCCGACUGCUACAGGAGGCGUUGAAUGUUGGAUGGACAUCCAGCGAGGAUCGUACCCAAGCAUAUCUCCGAUCCCGAGUAUUAUUAAGAUCGGCGAAGCGCUCAGUAUCCUGGUAUAUCUGAGAGAUCCACGUGGAGAGUAUGACGUAUCGGUUAGGGAUUGUUAUGCUUACGAUAGCCCCGAUUACGAUGCACAGGGUACAAAACGACUGCAACUUUCCGACAAAAAUGGAUGCUCCAGAAAGAAGAAGCUGUUUGGUCAAUGGCAAAAGACGACGCAGACUGGCAACACGGGAGCAACUCUCAUUGUGCACAAUGACAUCAAGGCGUUCAAAUUCCCCGAUCGGAUGCAGGUGUUCCUCAAGUGUGAUAUUGAAAUUUGCCGAGGAGGCUGUGGUCCGCAAGUCUGUGAAAUCGAAGAACUAGUCAAAGCUGUUGAGGGUUCAACUACAACUAAACGACCAACUCCCGCUGCUACAGUUCCCCCACGUCGAGGAACUCGACCACCGCAAACUAUUCCGGCCACGUUCCCAACUCGCGGUCGUCGACCAGUUUCAACUGCUCAACCAUCCGUCCCUAUCACGACCCAACGAACCGUGACAUAUACCACGCAGACACCGCAACGCCGAACUCGGCCAACGACUGCCGCUCCAGCGUACCAACCAACCACAACUGCUCCUCAGCGACGCCGUACACGACCACCAACCGUUGCAACCACUGAGUUUGUUUGCGCGCCAGGAUCCACAGAUGAUCGGUGCAACACUAUUCUCGUUACCGAUAAGCCCAACUGCUAUCGAGGUUCUCGAGACCCACGGUGUCGUCAACAAGCAACACCUGCACCAGCUACUACUCCAGCACCACUGCGUUGCUUCCCAGGAUCUACGGACCCUCGUUGUCCAACAGUCGCACCAGCUCCAACUACCCCGGCACCUCCACGUUGUUUCCCGGGCUCAAGAGAUCCACGUUGUCCAACAGUUGCACCAGCUCCCACUACUCCGGCACCGCCACGUUGCUUCCCAGGAUCCACCGAUCCACGAUGCCCAACAAUCGCUCCUCCAACCACCCCGGCUCCUUUGAAGUGCUUACCUGGUUCCAACGACCCGCGAUGCCCAACUGAACCACCGGUAACUACGCCGGCACCGCCACGUUGCUUCCCAGGCUCAUCGGAUCCACGGUGUCCAACAACGUUCCGUCCAUCUACCGAGCGUGCUACCCGACCCACAGGACGAGGCACAAGACCAACUGGCCGAGGAACCAGACCCCCAAGACCGGUCACCGAGGCACCUAUCUACGUACCUCCAGUUGAGAGUCAAAGAACAACUUCAGCUCCUGAUUGUUACCCGGGAUCGACCGACCGACGUUGUCCACGACCAGUGCCUUCAACCCCGCGACCAGUGGAAGAAGUCAGACCAUCACCAUCUGAGCCCAAUUGUUACCCCGGGUCGAACGAUCCACGUUGCCGAACGCCUGUGCUCAGAUGUACCCCAGGCUCAACGGAUCCUCGUUGCCCGGGAGCACGACCCACGACCUCAGCACCAAGAUGUUACCCUGGUUCCCAAGACCCAUCUUGCUUCGAGGCUCCUACGUACCUGCCGCCAGAGCAAUCAACUACUACUACACAGCGACCGACCCAACCACCGACCACGGCCGCCCCAAGAUGUUAUCCAGGAUCACCCGACCCACGGUGUCCUCAAACGACUACACGCGCGACUACGCAAGCACCUCGCUGCUACCCAGGCUCUACGGAUCCACGCUGCCCUCAAACGACACCGGCUGCUCCCACUACGACGCCUGCUCCACGCUGUUAUCCAGGUUCCUCGGAUCCUCGAUGUCCAACUACUCCACGGCCAACUCCAACGACGACGUCGGCCCCACGUUGCUAUCCGGGAUCGACCGAUCCCCGGUGUCCAACACCUCCACCAACCACCCAACCUCCCACCUAUCUUCCACCGCAAACAACCGCUGCUCCAAGAUGCUAUCCAGGCUCUUCUGAUCCUCGUUGUCCUGUGCAAACCACUGCCGCUCCAAAUUGCUACCCAGGAAGUACGGACCCGCGUUGUCCCAAGCCUGUAACUACUACACAACGACCUGUGCCUACUACGCAACCGGCGCCAAGAUGUUAUCCGGGUUCCACUGACCCGAGAUGUCCAACGACUCCUCGCCCAACCACGACUGCUGCACCAAACUGCUACCCAGGUUCCACAGAUCCACGUUGUCCGAAGCCAGUGUCAACAACGCCAGCUUUGAGAUGUUAUCCGGGAUCUCCUGACCCACGGUGCCCAACAACGCCACGUCCAGCGCCCACGACGACACCGGCUCCAAGAUGUUAUCCGGGAUCAACGGAUCCACGUUGCCCGCAACCAGUAACUACUACACAGCGACCUGUGCCCACAACGACAUCAGCUCCAAGAUGUUACCCAGGUUCCUCUGACCCAAGAUGUCCAACAACACCUCGCCCAACGACAACUGCCGCUCCCAACUGCUACCCUGGAUCCACAGACCCUCGUUGUCCAAAGCCGGUGUCAACUACGCCAGCUCUGCGCUGCUACCCGGGAUCGACCGACCCGCGAUGCCCAACAACGCCACGGCCGACCACAACUCCGCGACCUGCACCAACAACAACACCUGCUCCACGUUGCUACCCAGGAUCGACUGACCCACGUUGCCCACAACCGCCACCAACGACUCAACCUCCAACCUAUCUUCCCCCGCAAACGACCGCUGCACCCAGAUGCUAUCCAGGCUCUACUGAUCCUCGUUGUCCUGUGCAAACCACUCCGAAGCCCAACUGCUAUCCGGGAAGUACGGACCCGCGUUGUCCCAAGCCUGUAACUACUACACAGCGGCCUGUGCCUACUACGCAACCGGCUCCAAGAUGUUAUCCAGGUUCCACUGAUCCGAGAUGUCCAACAACUCCGAGACCAACAACCACUGCCGCACCAAACUGCUACCCAGGAAGUACAGAUCCUCGUUGUCCUAAGCCAGUAACUACUACACAGCGGCCUGUGCCCACAACGACACCAGCUCCAAGAUGUUACCCAGGUUCCUCUGAUCCAAGAUGCCCAACAACUCCAAGACCAACGACCACUGCCGCUCCCAACUGCUACCCAGGAUCCACAGAUCCUCGUUGUCCGAAGCCAGUAUCAACCACACCAGCUCUUCGAUGCUACCCGGGAUCGACGGACCCACGUUGCCCCACAACGCCACGGCCGACCACAACUCCGCGACCUACACCAACGACGACGCCGGCUCCACGUUGCUACCCGGGAUCAACCGAUCCGCGUUGUCCACAACCACCACCAACAACUCAACCUCCAACCUAUCUUCCUCCACAAACGACCGCUGCUCCAAGAUGCUAUCCAGGUUCUACUGAUCCUCGUUGCCCAGUGCAAACUACUCCGAAGCCCAACUGCUACCCAGGAAGCACGGAUCCACGAUGCCCUAAGCCUGUAACUACAACACAGCGGCCUGUUCCUACCACGACCCCAGCUCUCCGAUGCUUCCCAGGCUCGACGGAUCCACGUUGCCCUGUACAAACCACUCCGAAACCAAAUUGCUACCCAGGAAGUACGGAUCCUCGUUGCCCCAAACCGGUAACUACUACACAGCGGCCUGUGCCCACGACGACUCCAGCUCCGAGAUGUUAUCCAGGUUCAACUGACCCGAGAUGUCCAACAACUCCUCGUCCAACGACCACUGCCGCUCCUAACUGCUACCCAGGAAGCACGGAUCCACGUUGCCCGAAGCCAGUAUCUACCACACCAGCUUUGAGAUGUUAUCCGGGAUCGACUGACCCGCGGUGCCCAACAACGCCGCGACCAACGCCAACGACGACGCAGGCGCCUCGUUGCUACCCAGGCUCGACUGACUCUCGUUGUCCUAAGCCUGUGACGACCACCCAGCGACCUGUGCCCAGUACCACACCGGCUCUCCGAUGCUACCCAGGCUCGGCGGAUCCUCGUUGUCCAACGACUCCCCGUCCAACGACAACAACCCGUGCUCCGUGCUACCCAGGAUCGCCGGAUCCAGCCUGCCCACGACCAUUCUACACCACUACCCCGUCGUCUUGCUAUCCAGGAUCGCUGGAUCCUAACUGCCCGCAACCGUACAGGCCCAGCAGUACCAACCCACCGGCCACUUACCUGCCACCACUGCCAGCCGGACUGCGCAUCGUACGUCACCUGAGCGAAAGCACGCUGAACGACAUCAACGCCCUGGCGGAACAACCGGAACCGGCCACCAUCGAGGAGGUUAACGUCGAGGAGAACCAAAACACGCUGCUGGAGCGCAGCAAGCGUGACCUGUCCGAGUCCGCCAAGGAAAUCAUUUCGAUCACGCUCAGCGUAAAGGGCUUCCAGUUUGAGCCCCAUUCGAAGUAGGGAAUUUAACCUCGCGUUGAGAAUACGGGAUGAUUCUUGCAGAAGAAGGAAAAAUACUCUUUAUUUUUAUGUGUUAACACUAGCGAAAGCUACCACCCCUCCCAUAGUCUGUACAAAGAUUCGAUGUUAGGAACACAUUUGAUGCUAUGAGCUAGUGAGUACCAGGCGUGCAAGCAUAGUUUCAUCGGGAAUCGCUGCCCCCCCUAAAACUGUACAUAUAGCGGAAUGACAAGAAGGAUUACGAAGUUGUUGUUGUAAAUAAAGUCAAAUUGAAUAAAAGGUUUGUUAAUUUGUA